CGUAACGAGGGCAAACAAGGAAGUGAAACUAAGGCUAUGGAAGGUUUUAUUUUCGGUUAAUGAGAACAAAUUCUUCAUGUGAGAAAGACUUAUCUGCUGCAGCAUUUAACAGAUAACCUUCAGAAAUGGGUGACUCUCUUAACCCACUGGUUGUGAUCGGUGUUGGGUCCAGCUUUGCCUUCUCUAGCCUUUUCUAUCAUUUAUACCAAGAAAAGAAGAAAGAGCUGAUCAAGCUGAAGGAGAUACCUGUUUUUAAGCCAGAUCGUCAUUUGGUGCAAGUAUUGAAAUCCUCUCCCCACAGGAGACUCCAGUAUGUUGCUGUGGAAGGUCUGGUCCAGGCAGAUGGGGAACCUCUGGCCAGCCAGUUUGUCCCACGAAGCUUUGGUGUGAUUCAGAAGAUAUCAGUGGAGGAAACAUGGAAAUACUGGAACUCCCUCAGCAGGACAUGGAAUUCUCGGACCAUGAACAGAAAAGAAACCAACAACUCAGUACCCUUCAGUCUGGUCAGCCCAGGUAACUACAUCAAUGACUUAUUUGUGAAGGUCCAAAACCCUCUGGAGGCCUCUGGGGACUUCCUGGAGAGGGUUCACUUCAAAGUGAGACGUGCUGAGGAGGGCAUAGUGGAUGUGGUGGUGCAGGGUCUCAGCGGAGAGAAACCUGUGGCGAUGGAGGAAAGUGAGGAGCUGCUGCGGGUAGGGAGCACCCUGACUGGUUUUGGUGAGGUGGUGCUGGAGGGAGGGCAGGUGAUGAGGCUGCAGGCCCCCCAGGAUGGCCGUAAGUUUAUCCUGGUGCCCUCUGACCACAGGAGCUUCAUGGACAGGCAUGAGAGAUCAGCCAGCAUGUGGAAGACUCUGGCUGCUGUCACUGGCAUCUCAGGGGCUACUAUCUUAGCCAAAGUCAUCUACGGGAUGGUGGGAAAACAGGACGACAGAUCCAAGUAGACUUGAGGUGAAACAAUUUUGAAAGCAAAGGUUUUGGGGACAAAAAUACGAGUCAAAAUAGAAAGCAAAAACAUCAAAGAGCAGGAGACAUGUAAUUUAACAAAACUCAAAGUGUCCCAAACACAAAUCUAGUUCUUAACAAACAGAACCAAAGUGGAUUUUGUACUUUCUUAAGGGUUGUAUAUCAUAAAGUGUACAAAUCUUUAUUUUCUAUUUCCAUUGUGUCUCUAAAAUAAUAUGCCAAGCUCAAAAGAGACAUAAAGACAUCACUACUUUGCCUCCAAAACUACUGACCUCAAACCAAAGUAGACAUUAAUCACAUAUAAUACUGAAUACUCAUUUGUUCAUGCAGUGAGUUAAGUCCCAUGUUCUUGUCUUGUCCCUCAGUGGCCACCAUAUUUCACAGAGGGGAUUUGAGAGUGUGGAGCACUAUUCACACACUGCAGUAUCAUAAAAAAAAGUCCCACUGUAAGAUUCUUGUACCAAAUGAUGAGAGCACAGGCUGAGUGUAGGGCUAGAUAUGGAAGUUUAGUCUUAUAAGGAGUAUAAAUAAGGGAUGAGUAAAGCCUUUUUCAGAGAUAAAUUCCUGACAUGUCUUAAACUGUAAAGUAUUUUCGGCUAUGAAAAAGGAGAGUGGCUGAAAAUUGAUUAUUUUGUGUUACUUCCCUGCGGUUAUUGAGCCAUAAUCAUGCAACAAGUGAUACUAAAUGGAUCCAAACAGUAUAUUAGAUUUUUUUUUUUGCAGUGUUUGGGAAAGCUUUUUGUUUGUUUUUUUAGGUGGGGUUGUGACAAUUAUAGGUGUACUAGCAACACAGGGGACGUCAGUCAGCUUGGCCUCUGUUUUCAGCAACUGAGGCGUGAACCUGAGUGGAAGCUAGGCUAUAAGCGCUGGAGAUGGAGUCAGCUCUACUAUGUAAUUCAGCUCAUAUGAAUGAACUCCGACUGCAAUGGUGCUCUUCUGCCUGCAGCACACCGAUCAGCUGUUUGUGUCUGCGGCCUUAAAAAAGACAAAAAUACCACCAUACUGAAAAAUGAAAUACAGUGGGUGGGAGUCAAUUAAAAUUAGAUAUAUUACGUGGUUAUAUAAAGUCUGUCUGCAGUGACUGAUGGUCUAGCUUCCUCUUUUUGAUUUCUAAAACACUGGGACGAGCUGACCGGUGAGUCCUGUGGGUAACCUAACUACUAUCAACGAGCACCUCAUACAACCCCACUUUGAAAAACACAAACCAUCCUUUUUAACAAAGGGAACUUUUUUAAGAAUCAAAGCUUCUGUAUCAAGGGAACCAUGUUUUUCUUUUUGUACUGAAAGUGUAUUUAAUCAUUUGGAAUAAAUUCAUGUUGUUUAAGGAGCGAUAUACUAUAUUUUCUUAAUCUUUUAAUUGAAUUUUUCAUUAUUUAACUGUCGACUAGAUUCUCUUCAUGUCCAGACAGGCUGGAAGUAAAACUUGAUUAUAAUCAGAUUUAGACUGUAUCCAUCUAGCGGGUAAUUUUCUACCUCUUAGAUCAUAAUGUGAUUGUGUCACUGUUUUUUGUAAUCAGUAAAUGCAAAAUGAAACAUAACACACUGUUCUUCACUGUCUUCUCUAAAAGGGGAUGAUUACGGUCCUGUGGUGAAUAAAAACUUUCUUUUAAAACUGUU